GAAGAAAAUAGGGCCGGAUAUCGAGCAACCGAAUUCUCGGUUAUGUUAUUUUUGAAUUCUUUUCAGGAGUUUUUUGUUUGUUUGUUUCUCAUAUAUCCCAGGCUGCCCUCAAACUUGCUAAGUUGCCGAGAAUUCAUUACUUUUCUGUCUCCACUUUUCCAAGAUCUGGAGUGACGAGUAAUUCACAUCAGGCUUGGUUUUUGAGACAAGGUCUCUAGUACUGCCUUCGUACUUAAGAAAUAGCCAAGAAGGAUCUCGAACUGAUCCUACGGCCUCCAGGUUUCAAAUGCUGGGUUGACAGGCCUACGUUAUAAAUAACGCCUGGCUCACAGCAGUUGUUUUACUUCAGUGGCAAACAGAUCUUGUGGCUUUCCUUCUCAUGCUCCUGUCCAUAUUACAACAUCUCCGAUCAAAAAGCCACAGUGAGUGCAGUGUCCCAGGAGUCUUUUGACUUCUCGGGCCUCCGUAGUACCUGCGGAGCCCCGCCUAACCACGCGGACGUCCGCUGCCAUGGCGACCCUGCUGCUGCUUCGCUCCCUGCGCCUCCACCGCAGUCUUCGGCCCCGUACGCGGCCAGCUGUAGAUGUACCCCUCAGGGCCGGGAGCCAUGGCGCCCGCCUGCUGUACCCGGACCACAUCCCAACCACCCCGCUGCAAAAGAUGCUGCUGGCUGCGGGCGCGGCGGGAAUGGCUCUCUACAACCCCUAUCGCCACGACAUGGUUGCAGUUCUAGGGGAGACCACAGGAUGCCACACCCUGAAAUUCCUCAGGGACCAGAUGAAGAAGGAUCCAGAGGGUGCCCAGAUUCUACAAGAGCGUCCCAGGAUCUCCCUGUCUACCCUCGACCUGAGCAAGCUUCAGAGCCUGCCUGAAGGCUCACUGGGCCACAUGAGGACUCAGGCACAGAGCAAGCAGUGAAACAACAUAACUUCACAGCUAGUCCAGCCCUGGGCAGAGGGAACCAGCAUCCUGGGAUCCACUGUGCUCUGGCCAGAGUAGGACUCUCCAGCACCAGGCAAGACAGAUGGUGGGAGGUGGGGAUUCCCAAAACUCAACAUCACUCCGUGUGCUACAGUGUAGCAAGUCAGGUCCCUGCCCCGACCCCCCUCCAGCUUGUGCUCUUAUUAGAGAGGCAGUUAAUAAAGUAGUUUAAAAAAUUGAAAUGAGAAUGUAGUGGUCUGAGGAGAUAGCUCAGUUGGUCAAGUUCAUGUAGAAAGGCCUGGGUUCAGUCCUCAGCGUGAACCUGCUGUAGAAUAGAGGAAGGGGAAUCAGAAGCCCAGGGCCAGCCUAACCCACACAGUGAGGUUUUGGCCAGCCUGGGUUACACAAGACCCUGUCCCUCCUGCUUUUUGAGGUAAAAUAUUUCUUGAGUACUUAGAACGCACAAAGCAUCAUGCUCAGCCGUGGGACACAGUGAACUGAAGGAGCCAGACAUCUGUUACUUGGGAGCCCACAGCCUAGCAGGCGGCCAUGCUGAAGGGAACAAGACAAUGGGACAGAGGAUGUCUCUGGAUGGAGUAGGGAUAGCUACUGCUGGUUCAGUGGUCAGGAGAGACCUUUCCAAGAAGACUUGGAAGAUGGGAUGUUGUCAGCUUUGUAGAGCUCCGGGGAGGAGCACUAUGAGCAGAAUCAACCAGCUCAAAGAAGCAGGAUGGCGCAGGGCUGGGAGGACAGCUCCACAGGGUUAGUGCUUGCUGCUUAAACAUGGGGGCCUGAGUUUGUAAAAGCAGACCUGGCAGUUCACACCUGCAACCCUAGCAAUGUGGAGGGAGGGGCGGCUGAUUCCAGGAGGUCACUGUCCAGCCACCUGACCUGUAUCAGUGAGCCCAUGGUGCAGUUAGAGAUGUGUCUCAGAAACUAAGAAGACACUCAACACCAACCUCUGGCCACCGCACACGUCAUACAUGUGCAUACGAGAGUAUAUGCCACACGUGUAUCAAGAGAGAAAAAGAAAGCCAAUUCAGUUGCUACGAUCCAGUUGCUCCUACCAGCCUGGCUGCAGCAGGAAGGCUGCCUCUGAGCUCAAGAUCGUCCCUGGGUAUGGAGGGAGCGACCACACCUACUAUAUUUACGAGGCAAGACCCUAUCUUUAAAAAAGCAGACGCACAGGCUGGAGCGGCAGCUCAGUGGUUAAGAGUGCCUUCUGCCCUUCCAGAGGACCUGGUUCAAUCCCCAGCACCCACAUGGCAGCUCUCAGCUUCUAUAACUCCAGUUCCAGGGGACCUGACCUGCUCUUCUGGCCGCUGUAGGCAGCCAGCACACACUUGGUGUAUAGACAUAUAUAUAUAUGUAAGAAACAGCCAUGUGUAUAUUAAAAGAAGAAUAACAAAACAAAACAUUGGAGGGCCUGGGGGCAGAGCUCAGUGGUAACAAGCACACCUAAGGCCCUGGGCUCUGUCCCAAGCAUAAGUGCAUAGACAAACAAAACACACUGCAGAGGCCUGAGCAGAGGAAAGGGAAAGCGUAAGCUGAUCCAACAAUGCCGGGGCCUGGGAAAAGAAGCUGCAUUUUGUAGCAGGAACCAUUAAAAAUGGUUGGAAAGUUUAAAAAUAGUAAUCCCAGCUCUCGGGAGGCAGGGGUGGGUGGAUCUUUAAUCUCCACAGUUCUAGGACAGCCAGGACUAGACACAGAGACCCUCUCUCAAAAUGAAAUGAAGAAAAGAUCAGUAUAAUACAGUUUUCCUUCUCCACCUCCCCUCCCUCUCAUGCACACAUCUCCUUGAAGCUUAAUGGCUCUCCAGCCAGAUGAAGCCAGGCUGAAGGAGGAGGAGGGUGGCCAAGGGUCACUCUAGAACAAGUUCUUAGAGUUAUACUACUGCUGCUGUGAGCUGGGUAACUCUUGGUUGGGCAGCUGUCCUGUGCCUCGUAGGCUCUUUUGCAGCAUCCCUGACCUCUCUCUACCAGAUGCCAGUCAACUCCCUCAUCCACCCAUUGGUCUGGACACUGUAAAGAUCCCCUGAUGAACAGUUGAGAACCAUUACACAAUGCAGACAUUGCCCCCAGACAGCAAGCUGCCUCUCACCCUCUCCUAGCACCAUUGCCUUAGCAGGGCAGUCACCUGCCCUAGUUUCACCAGGGUGCAGGUUACUUCAUCAGUGAGGAACCUGCCCCAAGUGCCACCAUGGGAGGGACAACUUCUGCAUUUUCCACUGCCUUUAGUCCUGUUGCUGGGGUGGAGAGGAGGUCUAUUAGGGCCAUCCUGGGUGCCUUACCUAGCAUAUUCCCUCCUAUGGUGUCAGUCUGGAAAUGUGGGACUUCUACUACAAGGAAAUCAACCACAAAAUGGCAAGGUGCACCUUGAGCCCUACAGAGAAUUAGGUGAAAGUUGAAGG